AUGUCCAGCAAUGGUGUUGGAAUGAAUAGCUCAACAUUAGUUUCACCUGGAUAUACUGGUUAUGGAUCAAUCAGCUCUCUCUGUUGGCGCAGCCAAUUUACAAUAUGUUCUUGUUUCAACCUAAAAAAUAUGACAUAUACAAGUUUUACUUGGGAAAUAUGGGCUUAUCUAACUAAUUUAGUCAACUAUGAUAAUUUAAUGAGUUCAACGAUUGUUUCAGUUAAUCAAUGGUAUCAUUUUGGAUUUGUUUAUGACUAUUCUGCUUUAACACAAUAUGUUUAUUUGAAUGGAUAUCUUACAUGUACACAUACAUCAUCAAGUCCAUUUCAAACUAUGACUGGUGCUAUUACCAUCGGUGCAAUUAAUACUACAGGAGCUGCAACACCUUCUUCGUUCUGGACAGGAUAUCUUGAUCAAGUAUCAUAUGUAUCAAAAGCGAAGACAGCAGUUGAAGUUCUUGACGAUGCAAUAUUAGUGGCAUAUUAUUCAUUUGAUAAUGGUUCAUUCUAUGAUUCAGGUCCAAAUGGAAUCAAUGGAGUAUGUUAA